AUGUCUGCCAACGACAAAGUGGUAACUCGUCGCAGCGCGACGGGCUAUCUGCCGAUUGAAAACUAUGGACUAAUUGGAAAUAUGCGAACCUGUGCUAUGGUGUCUCUCGAUGGCAGCAUUGAUUUCAUGUGUUGGCCUGAAUUCGACUCGCCGUCUAUCUUCUGUAGACUCCUAGAUAAAGAUAAGGGAGGAUAUUAUAGCAUUGCUCCCCCGGAGAUUAUGAACUUCACAACAAAGCAACAAUACCUACCGUCCUCGAACAUACUGCAGACGAGAUAUAUCAGUGAAGAGGGAGUGGUCGACUUGAUUGAUUUCUUCCCCAGACCGAGACAUACCAAUGUUGUGGCUAAGCUCCCAAAGAAUAUGCCAUUCCGCGAGUCGAUCGAGGUCCAAGAUGAGUUGAAGAGAUGGCUAGUCAGGAGGGUUGAGUGCAUUCGCGGAAGUAUGGACUUAGAUGUCCAUGUCUUUCCAGCUUUCGAUUACGCACGAGGCGAACAUACCACAGAGAUUCUGUUACCGGACCACCCGCCCGGAUGUCCCGAGAGCAAAACGGUGGUAUUCAGAAGCGCGACAUCAAGUCUCCAGCUUGACGUUACAAUCGAUCAUGGAGAAGAACAUGCGGCAUCAUGCCCAACAGUAAUCUUCGCAAAGGUAAAGAGCGGCACAAAAAGCGAAGGUGUGGUAGCCCGUAUUCGGUUGCUUGAAGGACAAGCCAUCUCAUUCGUCCUUCGUGACGAUAUUGAAGAUCAUGUUACUCGCGAUGUCACCACGCAGAUUCUAGACGAGCAGCAAUCCGCUACGCAAUCGUUUUGGUUCAAUUGGAUUUCGAAAAGCAAAUAUAAGGGUCGUUGGAGAGAGGUGGUUUCAAGGAGCUUGAUGAUUUUGAAGUUGCUAACGUAUGAACCUACUGGAGCAAUUAUUGCAGCUCCAACUUUCUCAAUUCCCGAGGACAUUGGGGGAACAAGAAAUUGGGACUACCGAUAUUCUUGGGUUCGAGAUUCUAGCUUCACGAUUUACAUCCUUUUGCGGAUGGGCUUUACAGCAGAAGCCGACGCCUACAUGGACUUCAUUAGCGAACGCUUCCGCAAAUCGCGUGGAUCUGACGGUGCCUUGCCUAUCAUGUUUACCAUUAGAGGCGAAACCCAAAUUCCCGAGAUUGAAUUAGACCAUCUUGAAGGAUAUCGCGGUAGCUCUCCCGUUAGAAUCGGUAAUGGCGCAGCAUUUCACCAGCAAUUUGACAUUUAUGGGGAACUUAUGGAUGCCAUUUAUUUGUACAACAAAUAUGGUAAGCCAGUAACGUGGGAGCAGUGGGUUGCUGUGCGAGAGAUUUUAGAUUAUGUUAUGACAAUUUGGAAAGAUCCUGAUAUGUCAAUUUGGGAAGUCCGUAAUAAGAAGCAAAAUUUCACCUACUCGAAGGUCAUGCUAUGGGUUGCAUUUGACCGUGGACUUCGUCUCGCAGACAAAAGGUGUUUCCCUUGUCCUAACCGUGCUGCAUGGUUAGCUACCCGAGAUGAGAUAUAUGAAGAAAUAAUGGAAAGAGGCUACAGCAAAACUCUUCAUUGCUUCAUCCAGAGUUAUGAGAGUGGAGAUCUACUAGACUCGUCCAUUCUUAUCGCCCCUUUGGUCUUUUUCAUUGCUCCAAACGACCCUCGCUUCACUCGCACAAUCGACCGUAUCCUCCUACCACCCGAAAAGGGUGGUCUAACAUCUACCGGUCUGGUUUACCGGUACAACACCGAACAUUCUCAAGAUGGUGUCGGCGGUCGCGAAGGCGCUUUUAGCAUGUGUACCUUCUGGCUUGUUGAAGCACUCACACGCGCCGGGGUUUAUGAACCCAAAUACUACGUCCGGGCAGUCAAUAUUUUCGAGAACAUGCUCAGUUUCUCCAAUCAUCUUAUGAUGUUCUCUGAGGAGAUUGCGAGAAGUGGUGAGCAACUCGGGAAUACGCCGCAGGCAUUUAGUCAUUUGGCUUUGAUUAGUGCGGCUUUCAAUCUGGAUCGAGCGGGAGAGGGAAGGCCGACGGAUUGA